GAGUUUACUGCAACAGGCAGGGCGGAACUGCUGCUAGCAGCAUGUCGAAGGGAGACGGACAACCAGGCAGGCAGAGUUAGCUACGCACGCAUAACUUAACAAUUCAGAUGCCAGUGGGGUAGGUUAAACACCCGGUUCGUCAAGAAGACUCCGCGGAUACUAUCGCGGCUUGUUUUAUGGGUGCUUGGGAAGUUUUUCGACUGCCCUCGCUUUUCUUCCCAGCGUAUUUUUACAAACGAGAGGCGGCGGUUGAGCGCUCGGCAGCCAUCUUUGGACCUUUCCUGGGAGUGGGAUCUGACUACUCUGGCACCCCCAGUUACUUCAAGGCCCUGAACACACAUGAAAGCACAGUCCUUCAGAUGAGCCGUCACUGGGGGCUUUACCGUCGCAGACCCAGAUAGUUCCCGGUGACAGCGACGUUGCCCCCAACUCCACAUUAUGCCCAACAGCAGUCGGGUGGGGAGCCUGAAGGACCCCGAAAUCGCAGACCUCUUCUUUAGGGAGGACCCAGAGAAACUCUUCACAGAUCUGCGUGAAAUUGGACAUGGCAGCUUUGGUGCUGUUUAUUUUGCACAGGAUGCGCGGACAAAUGACGUGGUUGCCAUCAAGAAGAUGUCUUAUAGUGGGAAACAAUCCAAUGAGAAAUGGCAAGACAUAAUCAAGGAAGUGAAAUUUUUGCGGCAAAUCAAACACCCAAACAGCAUAGAGUACAAAGGAUGUUACCUGAGAGAGCAUACAGCUUGGCUGGUGAUGGAGUACUGUCUAGGAUCAGCUUCAGAUUUGUUAGAAGUUCACAAGAAGCCUUUGCAAGAAGUUGAAAUAGCUGCAAUCACCCAUGGUGCUCUUCAAGGUUUGGCCUAUCUUCAUUCCCACAACAUGAUUCAUCGGGAUAUCAAAGCAGGAAACAUCCUGCUGACAGAACCCGGCCAGGUGAAACUGGCAGACUUCGGCUCUGCCUCCAUCGCCUGCCCUGCAAACUCCUUUGUUGGGACGCCAUAUUGGAUGGCCCCAGAGGUUAUUUUGGCUAUGGAUGAGGGUCAGUAUGAUGGAAAGGUGGACAUCUGGUCUUUAGGAAUAACCUGCAUCGAAUUGGCCGAGAGGAAGCCUCCGCUGUUCAACAUGAAUGCUAUGAGUGCCUUAUACCAUAUAGCACAGAAUGAAAGCCCAACUCUGCAAUCUAGUGAAUGGACGGAUUAUUUCCGAAACUUUGUCGAUUCUUGCCUUCAGAAGAUUCCUCAGGACAGGCCAAACUCCGAGGAACUCCUAAAACAUGCAUUUGUGCAGCGUCCGCGUCCAGAGUCGGUUCUAAUAGACCUGAUCAAUCGCACCAAGGAUGCAGUGAGGGAGCUGGACAAUCUGCAGUAUCGUAAAAUGAAGAAGAUCUUGUUUCAGGAAGCUCACAAUGGUCCCAUAACUGAGGCGCAAGAUGACGAGGAGGAACCAGAGCACAGUGUGAGUAGAACAGGCACGGUGAACAGCGUGGGGAGCAGCCAGUCGAUCCCGAGCAUGUCGAUCAGUGCCAGCUCCCAGAGCAGCUCCGUCAACAGCCUGACUGACGCAGGCGAUGACCAGAGUGAGGGGGACAUGAAGGGAGACCACACAGUGAUGUCCAACAGCUCUGUCAUUCAUCUCAAACCUGAACAAGAGACAAGGAAUGAAGAGCCAGAGCUUCAGAACCGAGCCACAACAGAGCCACAAUCCCCUUCUGCACAAACUCAAAGGCCAAGAAACCGGAAUCGUGAACACUUUGCUACAAUACGAACAGCUUCAGUGCUGACUCGCCAAAUUAAGGAGCACGAGCAGAAUUCCGAGUUAAGAGAGCAGAUUUUGGGCUACAAACGCAUGCGGCGCCAGCAUCAGAAACAGCUGAUGGCUCUGGAAAACAAGCUGAAGGCUGAGAUGGACGAGCACAGGCUUCGCUUGGACAAAGAGCUGGAGAACCAGAGGAACAACUUUGCUCAGGAGAUGGAGAAGCUGAUCAAGAAACACCUGGCGUCCAUGGAGAAAGACUCAAAAGCUUGUAGCAAUGAUGAAAAGAAGUUCCAACAGCAUAUCCAGAAUCAGCUCAAGAAAGAACUCAACAGCUUUCUGGAGUCCCAGAAACGGGAAUACAAACUUCGCAAGGAGCAGCUGAAAGAGGAGCUGAAUGAAAACCAGUCAACACCCAAAAAGGAAAAACAGGAGUGGUUGUCCAAGCAGAAAGAGAACUUCCAACACUUCCAGGCUGAGGAGGAAGCCAACUUACAGCGCAGACAGAGGCAGUACCUGGAGCUAGAGUCUCGCAGGUUCAAAAGGAGGAUCUUAACCGCCCGUCACUCCACUGAACGGGACCUAGUGAGAGAGGAGUUAAACAAGCGUCAAACCCAGAAGGACCUGGAGCACGCCAUGCUUCUUCGACACCAUGAGUCUAUGCAAGAGCUGGAGCUCCGUCAUCUCAACACCAUCCAAAAGACGAGAAACGAGCUGAUCCGCACGCAGCACCAGACAGAGCUCACCAAUCAGCAGGAGUACAACAAGAGGACAGAGAGGGAACUCAGACGCAAACAUGCCAUGGAGGUUCGCCAGCAGCCCAAGAGCCUCAAGUCAAAAGAGCUACAGAUCAAGAAGCAGUUCCAGGACACGUGUAAGAUCCAGACCAGGCAGUAUAAAGCACUGAGAAACCACCUUCUGGAGACCACGCCAAAGUCCGAGCACAAAGCCAUCCUUAAACGGCUGAAGCAGGAGCAGCACCGCAAGCUCGCCAUUUUGGCUGAGCAAUACGAUCAUUCCAUCAACGAGAUGCUUUCCACUCAGGCGCUACGCCUGGAUGAAACUCAGGAAUCUCAGUGCCAAGCCUUACGAAUGCAGCUGCAGCAGGAGCUGGAGCUUCUGAAUGCCUACCAGAGCAAGAUCAAGAUGCAGACAGAUGCUCAGCAUGAGCGUGAGAAGAAGCACCUGGAGCAAAGGGUGUUACUCCGACGAGCACUACUAGAGCAAAAGAUUGAGGAGGAAAUGCAGACUUUACAGAAUGGACGGCAGGAGCGAAUCCGGAGCCUGCUGGAGCGCCAAGCCCGAGAAGUCGAAGCUUUUGAUUCAGAAAGCCUGCGCCUGGGGUUCAGCAACAUGGUGCUAUCAAACAUCUCCCCCGAGGCGCUCAACAACAGCUUUCCCGGGGCUUCGGGGUAUCCCAGUCACUAUCAGCAACUGCACUCGUCCAUUAGCUCCCAAGGGUCCCGCUGGGGGGGCAGCCGCAGUUCGAGUUUAGGCCCGAGUCACCAGGGCAGCCAUCACCACUAUCACUCCAGUCAAGGAGGAGCACCUAUGCAGCAUAACUGGGGGCAGGGCAUGCAUGGUGGAGGGGGUCCGCCUCCUUGGGGCCACCAGUCUGCUGGAUCUCGCAGCAGCGGCAGUAUACAGAACAGCCCCCAAGUGAUGGGUAUGACACCCACGGGAGGGCACAGUGAGCAGGGUAUGAGUAGGAGCACCAGUGUCACCUCUCAGAUCUCCAAUGGGUCACACCUCUCCUACACUUAGACCCCCCCCCCCUCCCUCCUGCAACACUACACCUGUACAGAUGUGUGAUGAAACAAAUGUUGCUCAGGUCAAAAGGGCUGGGAGAGGCAUGGCCUGUCCUCACAGCAGUUUAUCGGCACACACACACAGAUUCUUACUCGUAUGUUACAGAAGCGGUCUGAGUGUCAGCAUCCCAUGUGUUUUUAUUCACAGUUCUCUCCUACGGAGAAUAUUCUUUUGUAAAAUCAUAAGUUAGCUCUAAUCACAGCCAUUGCUCUCAUGUUGCACAGAAAACGCUGUUUAAUGUUAACCAUGCCUCUAGAAAAGUAGCUUCAAGCGCUCUCAUUUAGCAGGUUUUGCUUCAGGAUCUUUUCUUUUUAACUUCCAUUCACAUUUAGUGACGCACUGGCCAAAUUUCUGUGGUACGGUGGAAGACUCCUCAGAGUUACCUGAGGAUGCUUAGCUGUCUACCAGCCUGCUGUAACGCUCAUCCAUGGUCAGUGGGAUCAUUUCCACGCAUCCUUUUUACUGUUUACUUUUUCUUUUUAACUGAAACCAACCAAAAUGGGACUUUUCCGGAUCCAGAACCAAAACAAAUUGUUUCAGAUGAAUGCUUCUACUAAUAUUGUGCCUUUUUUUUUUUUUUAAAGCUUUGACACCGUUCAGUUUCAGAUUUCACCAUAGGUUAUUUAUGGUUUUCAGUUCAGGUCAGGUUGGAGUUUUAAUUCUAAACUUCCAAGAAUUGUAUAUCCCUGAGACGGACUAAUGUCACUACACGUUCAAGUGGAAUUGUGGGAAAAUCUGAACCUUAGUUUGCCUUGAAGUACAAUCCCAGUGCUUGUCUUUAUUUAGUGCCUUUUUAAACUGCUGCCUUUUUAAAGCACUUUAUACAGCUUAAUGCUUUUAGAAGUUAUAUUUGACAUUUUUCCCCCCCCCCCAAAGCUUCUGGUUGAGGAAUGUUUCAUCGGUACAUCGAUAGACGAGUCAAACUUACAUGUGCUGUGACUUUUUUCUUUCUAGGAGCAAAUUCCCAAGUAGAGACCAGAAACUUGUGCAUGUUGGCAUACAGUAUGUAAGAGAAUCUUUUUUUUUUUACAGCUUUUAUUGUGCUUUGUGGCACUAGCUGUUCUGGGUUGUUUACCUGUUGAUGUCUGAUUGAACAGCGUGCUAAAGGAUGCUGCAAUGUUCUCGUGUAAUGUUUUGGUUACAGUUUCUAUAAAACAAGCUGAACAAAGUUAAAGAGGAGUCCUUGAUGUGCAGGAAGUGGUAGCGACCGUGAAGAAGAGGUGUUUCACUACUGAACUAAAACACUGAUCAUGAAAAAAGGUUCAGGACCAAAUAAGUUAAAAUCCAAAAAGGUGCCAAGUUAAAACUCAUACAAUCUCAUCCGAACAAAAAUAAAAGUUCUAUUUAAUUACAAUUGGUAGUGUAGUUGAGUAAUGAUAAAUUUGAGCAAAUGCAAAAAAAAAAAAAAAGUUUCCAAUAUAACAAACAUUUUUUUCUGAUUAUUUUAGUUUUUUUCUCUGCAGUUUUUAAUUCGAUCUCAGAUAAAGGUGUUCCAGAGGCCUUCAGAAAUAAUUUACUACAACAAAUAACAGAUAGAAAAGACUUCUUUUGCUCCCCAUAUCUCAAAGCUGAAGUACUUUUGAUUUAAUUAAAGAACAAGAUACAAAAUAAGCCCAUUAUCCAACUCUGUCCUUUACGUGGUAUUGAGUUGUGCACGGAGGUAUUUGAGCACCAGAAAAAUGAUUCACUCUUGCGUUUGCUGCCAUCCUGUUUAAAUGUUCAUGUAGUCAGCAGAUCAUUUCCUCUGCAGGAGAUGUUCUCCAGUGCAGCCCCCCCACCCCAACUACCUAGUUAAAUUUUUUUACUUUGGGUCCCAGUACUCUGACUUGAUUCCAAUGACUAUCCAAGUGUAUUCAUUUCCUUUAGGAUGUAUGUGUGGUUGGUAAAAAUAAGGAUGUACUUCUUAUCGGAGGUUCACCAAGAGUCAAAAGCCAAUACCCAGAGUUUGAAUGUUAGGCCACUUCAACCUCCCUGACAUGCCAACCUUUAGGUUUAUAUCGAGUUUGACUCACUUUUACGUCACUUGUGUUGGAGUCUAAAUAAUAUUGUUGGUCAGAGGAUAUCACCAACCUUUAUGUCAUUUUAUGGGUUUUCUUUCUAUUAGUUACAAGUAACUUUUGCCAGUUUUUGCUCUACUGACUGAAAGUGAGCAGGAUACUAGAUGUGAAACGGCAACAAAACAACGACUGAUGGUCAAACACUGUGCCAUACCCGAGUUGCCAAGCCCAGACAUCAACGCAACUGUUUUCUCUAAUAUUUCACCUGUUCUUAGGCUAAUGACGUGAAAUGUAUGAAACACAAAGACCAGUUGGCUUUGGUUUAGUGGCUGAUGAAGAAAAAAGUGUGACAGGCAGAUGAUGAAAAGAUUGCAUUUCUUUGAAGACGUCAGUAUUUUAUUUUUUAUUUUUUGGCACAUUACCACUACAACCUAUAACCUGUAUUAAAAUGUAUAGAUGGUGAAGAUUGUUAUUGAAUGUCAGAGAUUAUGAAGAUGCUACAUAAAAGAUGGUAAUAGUACUAAAAGUGGAUUUAAAUUGUGUAAAAAGAAAAAAAACAGUAAAAAAUAGGAUCCAUUUACUAUAUUGUUUGUAUUGUAUUUACCAUUGUGUUGGCAGAGGGGGAGUUGAACAGAAAUCAGCUGUAAUAAAGUAAUUUUAGUAUAAUA